AUGGUUGAGUUUAAGUGGGAAGUUGGGACAUAUUUUGCUGAAAAGCAAGACAUUUUGAAGGCUAUAAAAAGUUAUGCGUUGGAUAAUGGAAGAAAUAUUAAGUUUGUUAAGAAUGAUAAACAAAGAAUGAGGUUCAAGUGUGUGGGUGCAAAAGGUAAAUGCCCAUGGAGGUUAUAUUGUGGUUAUAUGAAGGCAGUCAAAACAUGGCAAUUGAGAACAAUGCUGAACAACCAUACCUGCAGCAGGGAGUUCAACCUUAAAUUAAUUGAUGUCAAGUGGUUGAGCAAGAAGAUACAGAAAACUAUUAGAGAUAAUCCUAUAAUUAAGGGUAAAGAUAUAAGGGAAAAAGUUCAAAGGAAAUGGAACAUUGGUAUUUCAAGGUGUAUGGCCUAUAGGGCCAAAAACAUAGCAACAGAGCAAAUUGAUGGCUCUUUCAAAGAACAGUAUAAAAGGUUAUAUGAUUAUGCCCAUGAGUUGCUGGCCAAAAAUCCAGGGUCAACAGUGAAACUAAAUGUUGAGGAUGUGGGGGGUGAAGUCGUUUUCAAGAGAUUUUAUGUAUGUUUAAAGGCUUGCAAAGACAAUUUUAUGUCAUGCAGGCCAAUUAUUGGUUUAGAUGGAGCAUUUUUGAAAGGUAAGUACGGUGGUGAGUUGCUAACAACUGUGGGCCGAGAUGGGAAUGAGAAGAUGUUGCCAAUUGCAUACUGUGUUGUUGAAGUUGAGAACAAGGAUUCAUGGAGGUGGUUCUUGGAACUAUUGGUAGAUGACCUUGGAGGGGCUGAAAUUUGUUCUUCAUUUACCUUCAUAUCAGACCAUCAAAAGGGUCUACUUCAUGCAAUAGAUGAAUUGCUUCCUAGAGUUGACCAAAGGUUUUGUGUGAGGCAUAUGUAUGCCAACUUCAGGAAGAAAUAUCAUGGUAAAAACCUGAAGCGUUUAAUGUAUUGGUCAAGAUCAAGGUUCACUGAAAGAGCUAAAUGUGACACCUUAGUAAACAAUAUGAGUGAGGGCUUCAACAGUGUCCUCGUUUCUACUAGGAGUAAACCCAUAAUUACUUUGUUGGAGAAGAUACGACUUUACCUCAUGCAAAGAUGGGCCAAGAACAGUUGGUCAGGCAACAAGCUAUUUGAAGUUCGUCACAUGUCUAACAAUGGAGAUAAGUUUGUAGUCAACAUAGAUGACUCCUCAUGCACAUGCAGAACUUGGAUGAUGACUGGAAUCCCCUGUUGUCAUUCAUUGGCUGCAAUGAAGUUCCUCAACAUUGAUGGAGAACAAUUUAUUGACUCUUGCUACAUGAAGUCCAGAUAUGAGGAGACAUAUUCAACAAUUAUAUAUCCCAUAAAUGGAGCCAACAUGUGGAACAUUACUUCAUAUCCUGAUGUGUCUCCUCCACACAAAAGAGUAUUGCCUGGAAGACCAAAGAGAAAACGAAGACUAGAGCAAUGGGAAAUGAGGAAGGAUGAAUCAAGAAUGACCAAAUCUGGCUUGCGGAAAAGAUGUGGCAUAUGUAGAUAA